AUCACACGUCGAUUAGCUUUCAAGUAUUCAAGGUGACGCAAUUGCAUUAAAAAUGGACGAAACUUCUAAUAAUAACAUGGAAGAACCUGUUAUCAACAGCCAAUCUGCCCCAUAAACGCUAAACGGAAUGGAACACUUUGACCUAAUCAGAAGCUACCUGGACAAAAAGUUUAUCGAACAGAAACAAGAAUUCGAAACAAAACUGCAACAACAGAGUAUACCGAAAAACAUAAAGGUUUCAGCUAAACCAGAAUCGCUGAUACAAUUUAAGUUUAAAGGUAAUCAAAUCCAAUUCGAAUUUAACCAAAAAUUAGUGGAAGAUUUGGAAGAUGUUAUCGACCUUAUCAAAGAAGGUUCUGUAUCAAGAUCAACAAAACGUUUAGCAGGAAUAAAACUCGAAAUCACAAAGCGAAACAAGCUAAUAAAAAUGGCGGAUAGAUCACCUGCAGGAUGGGCCACUGUAGAAGAGUACUUAUCCGAUGAAUUAGCAAGCGAUUCAGAUGACGAAAAACGGAUAAAAUCGGCUGAGUCAAAAGCACUGGCAAAAAAAGAAAGCAAAGGUAAAGCCAAAGUCCUUCUACCCUCCACAUUUCAGCCUUAUGCACACCCAACUAAUGUCCUCGUCGCCACCUAUGCCAAACCAUUUCCAAUCACAAAGAUACGCAUUUCCAAGAGAAUCAUCUCAACCGUCUGGGAGUACGGCAACCAUAACACAUCAUAUUCUUCCCAAUCAGCGUAAAGAUUCCAAAGUGCAAGAUCAAUGUGCUUCGGUUGUGGCAAGAUUGGACACUGGAGGAAAGACUGCCCAAACGUUAUCGGCCAGUUUAAAGAAAAGACAAAAGAUAAGUGUUUAAAUUUUAAUAACAAUGUAAAAAAUGAGGAAACGUACGAAUUUUGUCUAAGUAAAAAUACGGCUGGAACUAGAGUUAAGGGUAGGCUCAAGAAAAACUUAAAAUAUUGGCAAACCAUCGGCUGUAAUACGACUAUUCUCAAAAUUAUCAAGGAAGGCUAUACUAUUUCCUUUUUCACGACACCACAAAAACAAACUUUUUCUAAUAAUCAAUCCGCUAUAAAAAAUUCGGAAUUCGUUAAUGAAGCGGUACAAGAGCUUCUAGAUACAGGUCGAAUUAAGGUAGUGUCUUCUGCACCACAUGUUGUAAAUCCCCUUUCAGUCAGUACCAAAGGAGGAAAAAGUAGACAAUUCUCGAUUUAAGGUAUGUAAACCAGCACAUUUACAGAGAAAAAGUUAAGUUUGAGGAUUGGAAGGUGGUAAGAGAAUUUCUAACUGCACAAGGCUACAUGUUUAAGUUCGAUAUAAAGCAGGGCUACCAUCACAUUGAUAUUUCAGAAGAACAUCAGAAAUUCUUGGGGUUUCCAUCACCUUGAUAUUUCAGAA